GCAGAUAUUCCUCUGAUGUUUCAGUGAAACUAAAAGUCUUGCUUUCGUUAUCAGAAGAUCAUCAACUCAAUUACUUAAUUGAAUUGUUUAAUGAACAUUUAAUUGAAACGUCUGGACAUUUUGAUUUCAAUAAAAAUCAUGAAAGUGUCAGAGAAACAUUCGACAAUUUUCACGCUAAUCGGAGUCAUUUGUGGAUUCAUUAUUGGAAUAAUUCUCAAGUCUUUCACCAGUCAGCCCUGGGCAGAUCGCAAUAUCAUGUACUUCCAGUUCCCGGGGGAAUUGUUCCUGCGAAGUGUCAAUUGUCUCAUUAUACCGCUGAUUGUCUCCAGCAUUGUCAGUGCCACUUGUCGUGUCAGUGAUUCUGGAAGUAUUGGAAUCAAGGCCGCGAUGUAUUACUUCACUACCACAACGCUAGGAAUUACUCUGUCUGUGCUACUUGCUGUUACUAUUCAACCCGGCAGGUUCCACAAAAUCCAAAACGAAGGUUUUCAGUUUUCCCAGGAAUUCGUCACCACUGAUACUUUUUUAGAUCUUAUAAGAAACCUCGUGACGGAUAAUUUAGUGAAGUCCUGCAUGUACCAAUAUCAAACAGUCCUGAUAAAUCGAGAGAAUGUGACUGAUGAUUCCCAGGAAGGCGACAUUUACUCUUGGGUAAUUUCGCAUAAGGAUAACCCGGGGACAAACGUCCUAGGACUCGUCGGCUUUAGUUUACUACUGGGGGUUGCUAUUGGUAGGACAAAAGACCAGGGAAAACCCCUCUUAGAUUUUUUCCGCACUCUCUCAGACGUCAGCAUGAUGGUGAUGGACUCCAUAAUAAUGGUGGUUCCGAUAGGUGUUCUAUUCCUGAUACCAGCGAAAAUUCUGCAGACGGAGGACAUCGGGGGGAUGAUGUCCAGAUUGGGAGUCUACAUUGCUACAGUAUUCCUAGGUCUUCUAAUCCAUGGACUGAUCGUUCUCCCUACAGUUUAUUUCAUCUGCACGAGGAAGUCUCCUUUUACAAUUCUCUCGAAAAUCGGACCCGCAAUUAUCACAGCUAUAGGAACAUCGUCCAGUACAGCGACAGUUCCGGUUACUCUAAAAUGCUUGGACGGUCUCAACAUAAAUCGAAAAGUCUCGCGUUUUAUGGUCCCAAUUGGAGCGACAAUCAAUAUGGAUGGAAUCGCAUUGUAUGAGACAAUCGGUGCACUGUUCAUCAUUCAAUUAAGAGGACUAGAAUUCUCUCUGCCCGGAGUUAUUGCGAUAGCGAUAACAUGCACUGUCUCCUGCAUCGGAGCUGCUGGACUCCCAAAUGGUGGAUACGUCAUGUUAAUUGUUGUCCUGCAAUCAAUAGGAAUCCCCGCAGAGGAUGUGACGCUAAUAAUAACAAUUGACUGUUUUGUUGAUAGAAUUCGAACAACUGUGAACAUUAUAGCAGACGCUCUAGGAUCGUCCUUGGUCUCUCAUUUUACCGAACCUGAAGAAGUCGAUUCAGAACAUGAAGCUGAGGAGUUUCUCCGAGAUUUUCCCCUAGAAAACUCAAAAUUAUGAUGAAGUAAAUACUAAUUAACAAAGAUAUUAUUCCAUAUUAAUUGCCAUUCGAUGGAUUUAAUAUCAACGAAAAGGAAAAAUGCCUCCGUUUGUAAAAAAUCAAAGAGGAAUACAUGAAAAGAUGAAUGAA